CAGGGAAUAGAGUAGGAUCUCAACUCUGCAGGUGCAAAAGCUUGGGAAAAAAUGUUUCCUUUUUGCUAACGUUAUUCCCAAGGAGAGGGAGGUUGUUGGACAGAGCCACUGUUCCCCGUCCCAUCACACACAGUCACAACACUGUUGUCACCCAGAUGUCUUCCCCUUUUGGGACAUGGAGUCCGACAGUGGAUCUGACACUUUCGACCGACCAAGGAGGUAUCACUCACGGGGUAGAGAACCGAGCCGAGGGCGCAGUCGGGACAAAUGUGGCAAUGAUGGCACUUUUUCCGAGAAACUUGACACACUGGCUAAUACAUUGCAGGACACAAGUGUCAACCUGCAGAGAGUGGAUCAGAUGUUGGGACAGUACAGAGAGCACACAGACGACCAAGCUGAAGUCAUGGCAACACUAAGAGACACCUUGGAGGACUCCAUCAAGCAACUGCAGCAAACUCAGCACCUCCGCAGAGCUUCUGGUAGUCACAGUGCGUCUUUCUCCACUUUGCACACUAGUGACUUAGAAGAUGACAGUACCUCAGAUGGUCUUCACCACUGCCCCACGUCUCCACUUAAGGACUAUGGUGGCAACAGGAGGCGGUCCCGAUCUGCCACUGUGCGCUUCAGAGAUCCUGGAGAGACUGAUGAUGUUCAUGCCCUUCACCGUUCCCUCCGAGACCUGCGCAGUGACCAGCUGCGACUCUCAGACGACGUCAACAGGGAAAUACACAGAAGGAACCGGUCUGAGGUGGAAACCAGGAGGAGUUUGGAGAACCUCAAUGGCCGACUGCGAGCAUCUCAGAAAGACGCUGCUUCGGUGCGAGUUGAGCAGCGUCUUCAGGACAUUGGGCGGGGCAUUCCCCCAGAGCGCCAACAGCCACCUCCUGAGCGGCAGAGAACACAGACGCAUGAAGCCAGCAACUUUCAACAGGUGCAGAUGGAGAGAGAGCUGGAGCUGGCCAGGAGGAGGCUGGAGCAGUCGGAGGGCGGGAGGGACACGCUUCUCCAGCAGGUGGAGGAUAUGCGUGGGCAGCUGUUGAGGACGGAGAGGGAGCGCGUGGAGCUCCAGCAGCAGCUCUCCCUGCUCACCACCCAGCAGAGCAGGAGCAGCGCACGCACCGAGGACAGGAGAGGAGGAGCAGCAGGAGGAGGAGCAGCAGGAGGAGGAGGAGCGGGUGGAGACUUCUGGCGAACCACAGAGAGAGGGGCCCAGGACGUUAGGAGCCAGAUGGAGCACGUCUCUCUAAGUGACCUGGAGGACUUCAAGAGGGUCCUGGACCGCAAGGACCGCGAGAGAGCACAACUCUGCUCUCAGGUUGAGGCUCUGACAGCAGACCUCCAGCAGGGGGAGCAGCGGCAGCGCCGGAUGCUGAGCCAGCUGCAGCAGCUGCGGAGGCUCUCGCUGGACGACGGCCUGGGUGGUCCGGCUAACGCUACGGCCGCGGAGAGGGAGAAAGAGAAGGAGAAAGAGAGGGAGAGGGAGAGAGAGAAGACCCAGGCCCAAGUCCAGGCGGAGGCGCGGCUGGCUGAGAGUGAGCGUCGUCGGGAGGAGCUGAAGAGCCGGGCCCAGGCGGCCGUGCGCCACUGGAAGGGUCGAUGCAGGAGGCUGGAGAAGGACCUGGAGGAACUGCAGGAGCAGGCCAAACAGGGCACCGAUAAGGCACAGCAGGAGGUGAGGGAGCGCGAGAGUGCCCACACCACCCUGCGUGCGGUGACGCUGCAGGCGGAGGGUGCGCGGCGUGAGCUGGCGGAGGUGCUGGGACGGCUGGCGCAGCGCGAGGAGGAAGUGAGGCGCGGGGAGCAGGAGCGCCAGCGGCUGGAGAGAGAGGUAGAGGAGGUGCGGCGCGCCUCCCGAGACCUCCAGGAGGAGACGCAGCGGCAGGCCGGCCUGCAGGAGAGGCUGCGGGAGGAGAGCCGGCGGCUGGAGGAGCGCGCUGAGGCGCUGGAGAGGGAGAGGGCCAGGGAGCGCAGCGACGCCACCGGCCUCCAGAGGGAGCUGAAGAGCCUGGCCACCGAGAGGGCGGAGGCGGUGGGGAGGCUGGCCAGGGAGGAGGAGGCGCGCAGGGAGGCCCAGCAGAGGCUGUUGGAGAUCCAGCAGGAGCAGGGGGAGGCGAAGAGGAGGAUGGAGGAGGACAGGGAGGUGCACCGACUGCACAGGAGCGAAGCUGAGGUGCACAUCAGAGAACUGAAGGCGGAGGUGGCUUCGGAGCGCGAGGCGGCGCGGAUGUUGCGGGUGAAACUGGAGCGUAUGAAGGAGGAGUGUGCCCGCCUCAGCGAACAGCACGGCAGCCGCGAGGAGACACACACACAACUCCUACGCAAGCAGCAGGCCCUCAAGGCACAGCUGGAGGACAAGGCCAAGAGUGUGUCUCGAGCGGAGGAGCGUUGCCGGGCGGCCGAGGCGAGCGCCAGUGAGCUGAGGGAGAGACUGGGACAGCUGGAGAGCGACAUGCCCUCCAUACUACAGGCCGUAGGGGAGCACAUCCACACAGCCUGCCUCAGCCUCGCACCCGACACCGCACAGGACAAACUCACCGCUAUCACCCAGAGUCCAGGUUUGCAGAAGGAUCCUAACCGUUGGCUGGCAGAAACCAAGAGUGCGCUGCAGUGGCUGUGUGAGGAGCUGCGUGAGCGCGGGGAUCGCGAGGGGCGUGUGCGGGGCCAACUGCAGCAGUGUCGUCGGGAGCUGAAGGGGCUGAGGGGUGCCAAGGAGCAGCACGCACACGAGACACACACACUACGCCAGAAACUACAGGAGCAGCAGAGCCAACUCAAGCAGCUCGCCAAAGACAAGAGGGAUCUACAGGAGAAGAACAGCAGGAGGGACGAGGAGAUGAGAGCCCUACAGGAUAGAGUCCUGGAUUUGGAAAUGCAGGGAAAGAGAGGCGUUCAUUUUGGAGGAGGAGUGGAAGUAAGUGGGAAGCGGGAUCAGGAGCAGCAGCAGGAGGAGGAGGAGGAGGGCCGGUGUUCAGUAGGGCUAACCAGCUCUCUCGUCCAGAGCACACGGCUGGCCCUGGAGCACCUGGAGACCUCCUCGCAAGACAACAAGCCCAGCCUCAUGGACGACUUCAAGGACCUGGAGGAGUCCCAGCGGCAGAGGGAGGCGGUGGAGCAGCGCUACAGCCGCUACAAGGAGAUUGUGGGAGGCCUGCAGCAUCAGCUGGAGGAGUCCAAGCGCAAGAUCCACGAGUACAGAGGUGAGAAGCUGGAAGCUACAUCCAGGAGUCUCCAUCUGGCUGGCCUAUCGUCCUCCCUCAGAGGAAAAGGGACCUACAUGUCCAGCACCCUGCUCACCAAUGGGGCCUCAGCAGCAGCAGCGCCCGGACGCCUGAGUUCCCCAGAACCGGACUCCCUACUCCUCAGCACCAGUCCACUCAUCACCGUCAGCGAGCCCUCGAAAAAGCACCGGUCCAACGUCUAACCCGUUCAUUGCAUUCCUGGGGGGGGUCUUAAUGGCAUGCCUGCCAUUUUAGACCACCCUGAAAGUCUUCACCAAUACCAUCAGGCCAUCACCAAGGUGCUACCAUGACUACCUCCAAGGCAACUAGGCCAACAGGCCAAUCAGUGGACCACUCUACGCAGAGAGAAGGAAGUGAAUUACAGUUUUUGAAGGAACCUAUACAGGGCUGCUAUUUGAGAAGAACAUGGUAUUUAUUUGAAAUUGCCAGCGAUUACCUGCUUUUUUUCAUGUAUUUGUAAUGAUGUCACCAGUUUCAGAACUUUAGAAAGAGUGAGUUUUACUGUAAUGAGUUGUAACUUUAUGAACUGAACACUAUGUCCAAGUGUUUUUAGACCUUGAAGUGAAGCGAGACAUUAUUGUCAUCAAAGACCUCCUUGUCGUGGGGCAAAAAAAAAAUCCUCAGACAUGGCAGCUAACCGUACAACAUGGUUAUGUCUCUACAAUGGCUGUAAUCUUGUUUGCUCUGUACUGUCAAAUGCUAUUGCAGAGAUGCAAGUUUUGCUUUUUGUUUUCUUUUAAAUCAAGUCUGAAGCCGAUUUUAAGCUAUGGUGCCUUUGUAGUCAUAGUCAUAAAGGAGUAGGAGUCCUGGAACUAACUGUGAGCACCUGUAGAUAAAGAAAAUAUGCAAUUUGACAUAUAGCUGAAGAAAAUAAUAUGCAUUUCAUAUCCUAAAGCUGUCCAAACACUACUCAGAAAUGAUUUUUAUACCUUUUUUUUUAUUUUAUUUUAAAGCAAGGAAACACUGCUUUUGUUUUUAUACUAUAUUUGUAAAUGUCAUGAAGGACAAAUAUGUUUUUAAAAUAAACUGAUAAAUAUAUAUA